AUGCGAGCAUCGAAAAACCAAUGGGCAAUUUCACCGGAGACAAUUAUGUCGCAUCAUUUUCGAUUAGCCAAAGGGAUACCACAUGUCGUCGACACGACACCGCCUCGUUCGAUGUUCAAUAGUCCGAUUAGCAUACACUACCUCCCAAAACGCUCUUCCUCAGCGGACCCCUUUAAACGGAAGUCUCUCAGCAAAUCUCAAAGAGAGCUGAAUGAUUUCGUGCAUGGAAGGAAUGGAGACCCCCAUGGUCUACUAAGACUCCCAUUGCCGAUCAGAUCGAGUCUAACGGAUUUGGUGAAGCCGAAAUUGUUGGAUAACAGGAACUACCAACCGCCAAGGAGGAAAGCUCCAUCAAAAGAGCGUCGUGAAAUGGAGAGAGAGGAGCAGCAGAGUCGCGAAAAAAUGCAGAGGAUCAAGGAGUUUCGGGAUGCAGUGCUGGAUGAGUUGAUGGAGAAUCCAUCGAAUUCGGAUCAGAUGAUAAUGUCGUGUAUUGAAAUUCAUAUGGAGUCGUUUGCAGGAUUGAUACCAUGGAACGAUCUGGAAGAAGCCUCGCAUAAACUAAUGCUAGAUAUCGGAGUGGAUCUCAGUAAAACUAAAAGUCGUCGAAAUUCCAAAAGGAGCCACAAACCGCCCCGCCCAUUCAGGGUGGAGCCUAUCGCGAGUCCGAAGAGUCUGGAAUCUUUGUCAUCUCCAUCUUCUAGCUCGUCAAAAACGUCCUCUUCAUCGUCGUCUUCUGGAACUGGAUCCACUACUUCUAGCAGCUCUUGA